GACACUUCGUCAGUAUCGCUGAGGACACAGAGCGCACUGGUCUGCUCAGAAAUUGAGACACCCGGAUUGUGCUGCGACGGAUUUAUUGAUAUUGCAUAUCUGGCAUCACUCUUUCAGACGCACCUUGGCUGCAUUUACUUGGGAAACAGGCACUAAAAGUAAGCCUGUUAACUUGGGAUUUUACCCAUGGAUUUCUUUAACGACUCCAAUUGUUCCAUCGGAGGUGCAAAUUCAACAACAGUUGUAGAUCGGACCCUUCACCGCAGUGCAAUCCUCCCUGUUAUAUUUGGAGUUAUUUGCUUUCUGGGUAUCAUAGGAAACUGUAUUGUCAUGUACACCAUCAUGAAGAGGACUAAGUGUCACGCCAAGCAGACUGUCCCAGACAUCUUCAUCCUAAAUUUGUCAUUUGCUGAUCUCCUGUUUCUCCUUGGGAUGCCUUUCCUUAUCCACCAGUUGCUGGGCAAUGGUACAUGGCACUUUGGAGCCACAAUGUGUACGGUCAUCACUGCGCUCGACUCCAAUAGCCAGAUCGUCAGUACCUACAUCCUCACUGCAAUGACCCUAGACCGUUACUUGGCUACAGUCCAUCCCAUCCGUUUUAAGUAUGCCCGCACAACUGGUGUGGCCACGCUGGUUAUUGGACUGGUCUGGGGUCUGUCCUUACUCACCAUCAUCCCUGUUUGGAUGUAUGCAGGCCUGAUGCCUCUCUCAGAUGGCCUGGUGGCCUGUGCUCUCCUUCUGCCUGAUCCAGUUACUGAUACAUAUUGGUUUACACUUUACCAGUUUUUCUUGGCCUUUGCUAUACCUUUGGCUAUUAUUUGCCUGGCAUUCUUCAAGAUCCUCCAACACAUGUCCACCAGUGUGGCACCACUGCCUCCACGGAGUUUGAGGGUGCGCACCAGGAAGGUGACCCGGAUGGCAGUGGCCAUCUGCCUGGCUUUCUUCAUCUGCUGGGCUCCAUACUACAUCCUCCAACUCAUCCACCUCGGAGUGCAGAAGCCAAGCCUGGCUUUCUCAUAUGCCUACAACAUUGCCAUCAGCAUGGGCUACGCUAACAGCUGCAUCAAUCCAUUCCUCUACAUUAUCCUCAGUGAAACGUUCAAGAGGCAGUUCCUCAGAGCCAUACGCCCUCUUAAUAGAAAGUUCCGUGUGAACCCAAGCAACACAGAUGGAGGCAGUGUGAGUGUGAGGAUGAUACCUGAAGGUGCUCAGCAGGAGCUGGCCUAUGAGGAGAUGUUACCAUCCAGUGCAGCACCAGAGUGAACUGAUGAAUAAGAAUCGGUAUAUACAGUGAAGCCCAAAGUAAUUCAUACCCCUGGAAAUUUUUACUUAAAGUUACUUUUAUUCAACCGGCAAGUUUUUUUUUUUUUUUUUGAUUGGACACAACACAGGCUUCCACCAAAAGAUAGUAAGAAAUAUUGAGAAAUAAUGAGAAAUAUUUUUGCCACAAUGAUGAGAAGUCUGUGCCAUUUCCAGCCCAACAAAAAAAAAUACAAAACAAAAAACUUGCUUGUUGAAUAAAAGUAACUUUAAGUCAAAAUUUCAAGGGGUAUGAAUAAUUUUGGACUUGACUGUAUGCGUAUCUGUGUAGAUGGUAAUGGGACAUGAACAAAGGAACGUAUAUUCAUAGUGUGUCAGCUGUGCUGUCUGCAAAUCAAGCUCAAAUGAUCCAUCCAUCCAUCCAUCCAUCCAUCCAUCCAUCCAUCCAUCCAUUAUAUAUACACUGCUUUAUCCUCUGCAGCGUCAUCAGGGGCUGGAGUCUAUCCCAGCUGACUUAAGGUGUAGGCAGGGUUCAUCGAGACAGGUAACUAGUCUAUCACAGGGCUACACAGAGAGACAAACAAGCACACUCACAUUCUCACCUAUGGACAAUUAAGAAUCACCAAUUAACCUCAGCAUGUCUUUAGACUGUGGGAAGAAGCCAAAGAAGCCAGUGAGAAUCCACACAGGCACAAUGAGAACAUGCAAACUCCUCACAGGAAGAUCCCAGGCCAAGAAACAAAACAGGGAUCUUUUAGCUGCGAGGUGACAGUGCUAACCACUUAUCACUGUGCCAGCUGCUCUAAUGAUCCUCUUUUUAAAAACUAUAUUUUUACAUAGAUAAUUCAAUUAAACUGCUUGUCUUUUUUUUUUUUUGAAACACUGACCAGUGUGCUGCAACUUCUUAUUGAACUUAAAUGUAGCUACAUUUUCAAAAAUGUGCUGCUCACAAUGUAGUCAGAUACUCCUAUUUGCAGUGACUGUUCAGAUAAUCACGCAUUAUACGCUUUAUUGACUGGAGUUUGCACAUAUGUAGCCAAGACAAACAGUCGAUAAAACCUAAUUCUGCUGCACCGCUACAGUGUGUUUAGUACCAGUGAAAUGAUGAAGCAAAAUGGGCGGUUUCUUGAUUCUAAAGGUGCAUUCAGAUUGAAAAAUCCUUUCUUCAUUUAUUGACAGGAGAUUUUGCAGCCUGUAUCUAUUGACUAAAGAGCCUGUGGAUAUGACAGUAUCGACGAAAUGGUUAUCUGGUGUUUCUCCAGGCCACCUCUUCUCUCCUCUAGAAUCUGCAUACUCAUGAAGCACAUUAACAGAGCUCUGCUUGUCACACAUUGAUGUUAAAGGGGAGAACAUUUCAACCUGUGUGGACAUGUCUGCAUAAAAAUUCAUGCAAUCCAAGACAAAAGCACAUUGGAGAGGCUGUAGUAUCUGUGACUGUAAAUGAUGGGUCUGACUUAAAAAUGUAUGAGUCUAAGACCGGUUCAUCGUCAGGUUAAAAUGUUGUAAAUAGCAUCCAUGAAACAUCAAAAUUAAAUGUCAGUAACCUACAAUAAAUGUGCUGCCACAUGAAAACAAGAAGUGGAAUUAAUAUAAAAUAGUCAGUGCUGACGGUGGCAGUAUUAAAUCACAGGAAAUGCUACAUUAUUAAAGCUGAGAUCCCAUUGAACAUAAGGAGACUGUACAGGACAUCAAUACUACAAACAUGGAGUAUAACAUUACUGUGGACAUCCAUGCAGAGGGCUCGUUAGCUGUUUUUCAGCAGUAGCUAUCCUGUGAAAAAACACAGGCAUUAAAAAUGAGACCAAUGAAGAUAUUGUCUGGGAUCAUAGGUCCAUCCAUCAACAUGAACAGACAGGGGCACUUCUUAUUUCUCUAUUUUCAGUCACUCUGUCUCCUCUGUCCUUCAUCCCAGCAUGCAGGCAGAAAGAUGUCAUAAUUCAUAAAAUGUUUUUUAAGAACAGAGGAGGCUUGCUGGAGGAGCCAGGAUGCACAGGUGUCUUUUUAAGGUUUCUUGGGAUGUGACACAGCUGAAAUAUACAAAACACAUCCGAAGGACUCACGAAUGUGUGUCUAAUUUAUAUCCUUCAACCAAAAUAUAUGUCACUCUAUGUUUGUAUAUUCAUUUUUGUGCACAUGCGCAAGAGUGAAUUUUAAAAAAAACUAUGACAUCUAUACAUUAUUGUGAAUUAAAACGAAGAACAUAAAUUGGAAGUUGUUGUGAAAACUACUGCUCAUCUGACAGAUUUAAAACAACAACAACAAAAAAAAAAAAAAACCCAGCAGUAGUCUGUAACAAAACAAUGGACAAAUGAUGCAGCUGAGCCACACAUCAUAUUUAACUGAUGUUGCUUUAAACUGACAGCUCCAAAGCAGGAUGUCUUGUUUUUGUUGAAUGCCUGUUGCUUUGACUUGUCUCCCCUCACAUCACAUCUCAGAAGGACUAAGGUGUAAGGAGGGGAAAUGAACUGAGAAUCAACAAACUGAGAAAUGAAAUGAGGCGCUGAAGUCCUUCUCAUGUUCUCAGUUCAGAACAUAUUUGAGGAACUAUGUCACAACACUGUGCUGACCUCUUCUUUGGUGAAAAAAGCCAGAAGUGUAAGUAUUUGACCAGUUGACUGUAUGACUCCUUUAAUGAUAUUAAGUUACAACAGAAUAUUUCGGUUACAUUUGGCCUUUUUUUAAAAUAAGAAAUUACAGUAUUUAAGAAGUUACCACUAAUCAGUGAGGAUUACUGUAAGUGAGCUGUUAAUCAAAUGUAUAUUCUAUAUUUCUUUUCUUUAAACAGAGUAAAACUUUAAAAAUAAAGCUGGAUAUGAUCUAACAACAAACACUGCAGCAAUGCAAAAAGGAGGAAAACGCCUACACGCUGUGAUUAAUUUUUGUUUUUUGUGCCCUUUUCUGCAGUGGAUGUCACUCAUUUUGCUUUUGUAUAUUUGUAUGUUUGGAUCUGCUUGUCCGCUUGUUUUACAUUUACAAGGAUCACAAAAAAAGUAAAAUGUGAAGGAAGGUUAAGCCAUGGAGGAUGUUUUUUUGAUGGGUCAGACAGCAUCAUCAGAAAGUGCUUUCUACAAUUUUUUUUUGCAAUGCUGGGAUCACAACAACCAAUUGUUGGGAUUGUAUCAGUUCCCUCUGAGAUGUCGACGUUACUUUUGAAACAUGCUUUACAUUUGAAUUACUGCAUUAUGAGAUGUAAUCUAACAGAGCCAUGUUUACAAGUCCAAAGAGAAAGAAAAAGAUGGCAGAGCAGAUUAAGAUAAAGAGAUUUAAGCAUGGCUCUAAUAUCAACCAAAUUUCAAAAGCUUUUGUGUUUCCUUUUGAGGAAUUAUUGUGAAUUCUUUUACAUCAGGCAGCUAUUUUUGCCAAUGAGAUGUUGUUAAUGUAUUGAUAUUAAAUGCUGUUUAGUAUGGACAUUUAUGUAGAUUUAUAUAUUAAAUAUCACUGAAAACAAAACUCUGGGUUUCUCAACCUUUUUCAUCCUGUGAACCUGUUUUCAUAGUCUCUAAUCUGUUUGGAUUCUAGAGAACAAAGGUGUAAGUUGUCCUUAAAGCAGUCCACCUUUGUAUUGUACGGUCUUUUCAAAGGGGCAGAGAAACUGUAUGAUGAUGACAUACUGUAGGUUAUAUAUACACUAUAUUGCCAAAAGUAUUCACUCACCUGCCUUGACUCGCAUAUGAACGUAAGUGACAUCUCAUUCCUAAUCCAUAGGGUUCAAUAUGACGUCAGUCCACCCUUUGCAGCUAUAACAGCUUCAACUCUUCUGGGAAGGCUGUCCACAAGGUUUAGGAGUGUGUUUAUGGGAAUUUUUGACCAUUCUUCCAGAAACGCAUUUGUGAGGUCACACACUGAUGUUGGACCAGAAGGUCUGGCUCUCAGUCUCCUCUCUAAUUCAUCCCAAAGGUGUUCUAUCGGGUUGAGGUCAGGACUCUGUGCAGGCCAGUCAAGUUCAUCCACACCAGACUCUGUCAUCCAUGUCUUUAUGGACCUUGCUUUGUGCACUGGUGCACAGUCAUGUUGGAAGAGGAAGGGGCCAGCUCCAAACUGUUCCCACAAAGUUGGGAGCAUGGAAUUGUCCAAAAUGUCUUGGUAUGCUGAAGCAUUUAGAGUUCCUUUCACUGGAACUCUGAAUGCUCCGUCAGUUUAUGUGGCCUACCACUUGGUGGCUGAGUUGCUGUUGUUCCCACACACUUCCACUUUCUUAUAAUACAGCUGACAGUUGACUGUGGAAUAUUUAGGAGCGAGGAAAUGUCAUGACUGGAUUUGUUGCACAGGUGGCAUCCUAUCACAGUUCCAUGCUGGAAUUCACUGAGCUCCUGAGAGCGACCCAUUCUUUCACAAAUGUUUGUAAAAGCAGUCUGCAUGCCUAGGUGCUUGAUUUUAUACACCUGUGGCCAUGGAAGUGAUUGGAACACCUGAUUCUGAUUAUUUGGAUGGGUGAGCGAAUACUUUUGGCAAUAUAGUGUAUGUCAGACACAUUGUUCAGGUGUCUUGGAAACCAUCUUUGGGCUCACCUGCUUAAUAAAUGAAUCCAUGCAGGGUCCAGAAACCCAGGAUGAGAAAUUCUGAUGUUACAUUUGUUCUUGUCAAAUAUGCACACAAAUGAAAAAAUAAAAAAAUUGUCACUAUUGAUGUAAACACUGAGACUUUAAUUGAUAUAUACAUUGUAACAGAAACACAAAGUUUGUAUGAAACAAUCAAACUGGACAACUGAAGUCGGGUCAUUUUGUGUUCUGUAUGAUUUUUGCUUA